CUCAACAAGUGUGGGUUCUUUCGAAUCUAGGCGCUGGUUCCUUGAACCUAGCACGCCUAUUUGGAACCCUGGCAUGGGUUCCUUCAAACCCAGCACAUUUGUAGUUGAUCAUGGCUGUAUUGAAUAUAAAGCUUUUACUGUUACUAAUGGCAGUGAGCAGGUUGCUGAUCACGGCGAAAUUGAAUCCGAAGCUUCUGUUAAGCAAGAAGGAGGAGAAGAAGCAGAUGACAAGGAACGAGAUGUGAAGCUCGAGAAUGGAAAUGGCGACGGUGAUAAUUUAGAAGAAAAUGGAGGAAGAGGUGGAAUUAGAAGUGGUGUUUACUUUGACAAACUUGAAGGUAUUAUUCCUCCUUUCCAUCCUCAACUACUAGUUCAUGCAUUGAAUCCACCGUUGGAGUUUUUGAAAUUCAGUCCAAGAGAAUUCAUAUUGUUGGAUCCACCAAUAAACCCAAGCCUUGAGUUCGAUGGAACUCAAGCACUGGAUUCCUUUGAACCUAACAUGUUUGGGUUCAUUGGAACUUAGUGGCAAUGUUUUUCAAUUCGAAUCGGAGGUCAAAUCAUUUUGACCUUUGGUUCACAGUUUGAACAAUGUAAUCGGUUUAAUUAAUAAAACCGUCGAGUUGAU